AUGGUAAUCUCGGCAAUGCUUAUGACAGUCUGUGAUUUCAAAAAAGCCGUAGAGUACCACAACCUAUAUCUUAAAACAGGUCAAAAAGUAGGAGACAAUCAUGGGGAAGGUGGUGCGUAUGGAAAUCUUGGCAAUGCUUAUCACAGUCUGGGUGAUUUAAAAAAAGGCAUAGGGUACCACAACCUAUAUCUUAAAUAGCUAAAGAAGAAGGAGAGAAGCAUGGGGAGGGUAACGCUUAUGGCAAUCUUAGCAAGGCCUAUCGCCGUUUGGCAAUUUUGGCAAUGCUUAUGACAGUCUGGGUGAUUUCAAAAAAGCCAUAGAGUACAACAACCUAGAUUUUAAAAUAGCUUAAGAAGUAGGAGACAAGCAUGGGGAGGGUGUUGCUUAUGGCAAUCUUGGCAAUACUUAUCGCCGUCUGGGUGAUUUCAAAGAACCUCCGAAGAAAAAUCCUUGGAGGUAAUGGUCUACUCUUCGUUAGGAUGCGUUUUUGAGUCGCAGGGUGGACUGCCAAAAGCCGUUGAACUUUACCAAGCUAGCAUAAAUUUAUUCAAUUCCUUGAGAGUACUUGUAAAAUCUGAAAAUGAGUGGAAAGUUAAUUUUCGAAAUCAGUAUCAAAUGGCGUAUACAGGUUUUUCUCAACCUUACAUUCGGCGUAUACAGGUUUGUGGAGAGUUCUCGUAGAACAAGCUAGUAUAGAUGAAGCCUUAUUUGUUGUUGAGAAAUGA